AUGGUGAAUGGGCAUGAAAAAAGAUCGCUAGAGGAUCCCAAUUCGGAGUACAAUGAAAGGAUUAAAAAACCUAGAGACGCUGAUAUGGUAGAUCGAUCGUUUAAAGCUGUAGUUGUCAAAAAUUUACCUCGAAGUUAUAAUAAUGGGAAAAUCAAAAAGAUAUUUCAAGAUUGCGGAACAAUCAAAGAGAUUGAAACUUGUGAUUCUAUUGAUCGUACAUCAAGAUUUGCAAGAUUGGAGUUUACUAACCACAACGAAGCAUUAGCAGCCUUGACGAAAACUUUUAAAAUAGUUGGUUCUAACGAAAUUGAGGUAGAAUUAUUACAAAAUAGAACAUUAUGGAUGACAAAUUUUCCACCAAAUUAUUCAAAUAAAAAUAUACGAAAUUUAUUGCUAGAAAUUGGGGUCGUCCCGAUCAGUAUACGAUUGCCGUCUCAUAGAUAUAAUUCAAACAGACGCUUUUGCUAUAUUGAUGUUUAUUCAAAGGAAGAAUGUGAGAUUGCCGUGGAUAAUUUGAAUGGAACUGAACUUGGUCGCUACAAGUUAAUUGUCAAAUUAUCAAAUCCUGCAGAAAAGGAAAAACGAUCUGAUGCAGGUCUGUUAGAAAGAAGGGAACUUUUUGUUAGAAAUCUCAACCCCAAAUCUCUUGAGCAUGAUAAUCUUGAGAAAAUAUUUGGUGAAUUCGGUACAAUAGAACAUAUAACAAUUCCAAAGUCCACCUCUGAAAUUAACAAUGGAUGUGCAUUUAUUACAUUCUUUAAUAAGGAUGAGGCAGAUAAUGCACUGUCUCUUGAUAAGACAGAGAUAGAUGGCAGAAUAAUAUCCGUUCAUUUAGCUGAUAAUAAGGCUUAUUUGGAAAGAAGGGAAUUACUUCAAAUAUUAAAUUCAAGAAAUAAUAAGAAGAAGGAAUUCUUUGCCUCGUUAUAUCCGAUAUCAGAUAAAAUAUCGAAGGAGCAAAUCUUAUCUUUCAUUUUAGAAAGCGUUAAAAUACCUUCCGAAGAGGUAAUGAAAAUAUUUUUAGUAAAUGAUCUUAAUGGUGCGCUAAUUCAGUUUCGUGAUAAACAUUUAGCAGCAAGAUGUUGUGUGGUAUUAGAUAAAACUAAAUUUAUGAAUAAAACGAUAAAUGUUGGAACGGUUUCCGAUCUUAAGUUUUAUAAACCUGAAGCUUCUCAAAAAGACAAUAAUAGUGUGAUAUCGACUGGGAAAAAACUAAAUAAUAAAAUGAAACAAAAUGAGGCAAAUGAAAUCACAACUGAAGAAACCUCACCAUCAACAUCCAAACCAGCAAUGACUAAUGAUGAUUUUAGAAAAAUGUUCAUAGGUCAUUAA